GUCGGUGUAAGUGCCGCCGCCUAUAACACCGCAGAACACCAUAGCCUGGCGGGUAUUUGGCCGGUGUGUUCUCCGAAUUGUUAUUGAUUGUGAUUUUGUCAAAUCAACGGACAGUGAUAAAUAUUCGUUAAGAGAAGAGGAAUAAAACACUCGUCAAGAUGACGAUCGGAAAGAACAAUAAAAUGCUCCAGCACAUAAACUACCGAGUGAGGAUAAUCCUGCAAGACAGCAGGACCUUCAUCGGUACAUUCAAGGCCUUCGACAAGCACAUGAACCUGAUCCUUGGAGACUGCGAGGAGUUCUGUAAAGUCAAGCCCAAGAACACAAAGCAACCAGAGAAGGAGAAGAAGAGAGUCCUGGGCUUUGUCCUCCUGAGAGGCGAGAACAUUGUCUCAUUGACUGUGGAGGGACCCCCACCUCCGGAGGAGGGUCUCCCACGAGUGCCAAUUCCUGGAGCAGCCCCGGGACCUGGAAUGGGUCGUGCAGCUGGCAGAGGUAUGCCUGCCAAUGUUGCUGGAGUGCCUGCUGGCCUCCAGGGGCCAGUCAGAGGGGUUGGAGGACCCUCCCAGCAGAUAAUGACCCCUGCUGGUAGGGGACAGGUGUCUGCACCACCUCAGAUGCAUCCUGGAGCUCCUCCAAGAAUGCCAGUCAGUGGGCCACCACCUGGAAUGAUGGGCCCACCGCCUGGAAUGAUGGGAAUGCCACCGGGAAUGCCACCUAUGGGACGUGGAGGGCCUCCCAUGGGGCCCCCUGGAAUGAGAGGACCUCCUCCAGGAAUGAUGCGCGGAGGACCACCACCUCGUCCAUAUUAAUAAACAUAAUGCCUCAUUCCUAAUAAAAUAAUAAACGAUUAAAUGAAUACAGAGAAAAACAAUAAAUUUUCUAACAUUGAUAAUGAGAUAGACGAUAAGAAAUAAAAAAUACUGAGUUCACGGGAA